GGCGCGUCACGGCGGGGCCGGCGGCGGCCUGGGACCCGGGCUCAGGCUCGGCGGGGCCGGCGGAGGGCGCGGGCGGCCAGCCGGGCGGCGGGCGCCGCCAUGAACGCGGCGGUGGUGAGGCGGACGCAGGAGGCGCUGGGGAAGGUGAUCCGGAGGCCGCCGCUGACGGAGAAGCUGCUGAGCAAGCCCCCGUUCCGCUACCUGCACGACAUCAUCACGGAGGUGAUUAGAUUGACCGGUUUCAUGAAGGGUCUCUACACAGAUGCUGAGAUGAAGUCUGAUAACGUGAAGGAUAAAGAUGCAAAAAUUAGCUUCCUACAGAAGGCCAUAGACGUGGUUGUAAUGGUUUCAGGAGAGCCAUUAUCAGCAAAACCAGCUCGAAUUGUGGCCGGGCAUGAGCCUGAAAGAACAAAUGAGCUACUCCAGAUAAUUGGAAAAUGCUGUCUCAACAAGCUCUCCAGUGAUGAUGCCGUGAAGAGAGUCUUAGCUGGAGAGAAGGGAGACGUGAGAGGAAGGGCCUCGCUGACUUCACAGUCUCAAGAAUUGGAUAAUAAAAAUGCGAGAGAGGAAGAGUCCAGAACUCACAAAGAUAAAGAGGAUAGAAGAAACUCAGAAAUAAAAGAGAGAAGUACAAGCAGAGAUCGAAAACAGAAAGAAGAAUUGAAAGAAGAAAGCAAACCAAGAGAAAAGGAAAGGGACAAGGAGAAGGCCAAGGAGAAUGACAGAGAUAGACAUAAAGACCCUGAGAGAGAGAAAUACAGAGAAGGAGAGAGAGAAAAAACCAAGGCUAGGGCCAAGCAAGAGCGAGACAAAGACAGAGGCAAAGAUUUAGAACGUGAGAAGGAAAGAGAGAGAAAGAGUGAGGGAGGGAAAGAAAAAGAGAGAUUACGAGACAGGGACCGAGAUCGUGACCGAGACAAGGGGAGGGACAGGGAUAGACGGAGAGUGAGAAAUGGGGAGCACUCCCGGGACCCCGACAGGGAGAAGAGCAGAGAGCACGACAGAGUGGAGAGGAAGUCAGCAAGCUCAGGGGAGAUGUCUAAAAAGUUGUCAGAUGGAUCUUUUAAAGACUCCAAAGCUGAAAUAGAGACUGAGAUUUCCUCUAGAUCAUCCAGGUUGUUGACAACAAAAACUUCAAAACGGCGAUCCAGAAAUUCAGUGGAAGGAAGGAAGGAGGAUAAUAUUUCAGCUAAAAUUUUAGACCCCAUAGUGUCUGGAUUAAAUAAUGAACCAGAUCAGGAAACUACAACUUCAGAAAUAGGAACAAAAGAAGCUAAUACUAACUCAACUAGUAUUUCAGAUGAUAAUUCAACUAGUCUGUGGCGUGAGAAUAUUGAGGCAGACCCAGCAGUGAAGCAGAAAGGCGACUCCCCCAGUGAUGCAGAAGGAGAAGUUGUACCUCCUGGCCAAGAGAAGUCUGAGGUGUCAGAGAAUCCAGAAAUCCCCAGUGAGCUUUUGUCGGGUGUCAGAAGAAUACCUCGGCCUGGGAGUGCCAGACCAGCGCCUCCCCGGGUCAAACAACAAGAGAGCGUGGAAGCGUUGCUGAUAGACAGGACAGGGAGUGGUAAAACCGUGUCAAAUGUGAUGAUUAUAGAUUCACAGAAUUCUGACCAUGAAGAGGAUGAUCAGUUUGUGGUGGAAACGGCCCCUCAGAUCUCUGACAUGUCAGAAAUUGAAAUGGUACCAGCAGUGGAAUUAGAAGAAGAGGAGAAGCAUGGUGGACUUGUGAAAAAAAUUUUGGAGACUAAGAAAGAUUAUGAGAAAUUGCAGCAGUCACCCAAGCCUGGAGAGAAGGAGAGAUCACUCGUCUUUGAGUCAGCAUGGAAGAAGGAGAAGGACAUUGUUUCCAAGGAGAUAGAGAAGCUCCGCGUGUCCAUCCAGACCCUGUGCAAGAGCGCACUUCCCCUGGGGAAGAUCAUGGACUACAUCCAGGAGGACGUGGAUGCCAUGCAGAAUGAGCUGCAGCUGUGGCACAGCGAGAACAAGCAGCACGCCGAGGCCCUGCAGAAGGAGCAGAGCAUCACAGACUGUGCCGUGGAGCCCCUGAAGGCUGAGCUGGCUGAGCUGGAGCAGCUGAUCAAAGACCAGCAAGACAAGAUCUGCGCUGUGAAGGCCAAUAUCCUAAAGAAUGAAGAAAAAAUCCAGAAAAUGGUGUAUAGUAUCAAUUUGACUUCAAGAAGGUGAACACUCAGAAGUUUCAGAGAUGAAAAGUCACCACCAUCAGUUUAAAAAGGAAGAUAGAAAAUCGUCACUCUUUAAGUUCCAGUUUGCUAAGAAAAUGAACAGUUUACAAUGUUAAUAUCUAGCUAAUUUUCAGAGCUUUCAAACUUUGAGCAUAUUAAGUGUAUAAAAAGACCAUGUUUUCUUACCUCCUUCCAGCUGGAAUAUUUGCUAGUUAUAAAUAGCUCUUCC